AUGGAAAAGAACGUUCAGAAGUUAUAUGAUCGUUCUAUUCGUACUUGGGGAAUAGAGGCACAACAAUUAUUAUUAAAUUCUCACAUCUUAGCUGUUGGAUAUGAUCCAUUAAUGUCAGAAAUAUUGAAGAAUGUUGUAAUCAGUGGAAUAUCAAAAGUUACUGUGAUUGACACUUAUAAAGGUGAACCAAUUUAUACUACUCAGUAUGACAAAAAUCAUUUAUUUACACCUGAACAAGGUAGUGUUGUUUGUUUAUUAUUUGACUGUAUUAUAAAAAUUUAA